AUGGAUAAGAAUCGAGAGCGAAUGGCUCACAAUGCUACCACGGGGCUCCCAACCAAAUGGGUGGCGAUCAAUCCUUGGAGCUCGUAGCGCCGCGGCUGGUUCAUCACACACUUUCUAAUUGCUUAAACCAGCUUUACGGUUACGUCGAUGUGUUAGACUUGGAGCCCCUCUCUAUUUGCACCGUAUACCCUGCCGUGAACGACAGGAUUCGGAAACUGUCGUAACAGAUUGCUUGCCAUGAGGACCGUCGCGACUCUAGCGUCGUCCUGCUCUACGUUCCUCGAGGGCGACGCACUGCGAGUGCACGGGUCAGCUUGCGAAGGCUCCGGGCGCCGCCGCAGCGGCGUUGCGCGAUGCGGGCAGGGGAGCAGUGAGGCCGCGAAGGCUGGGGUUGUGUCCCGAAGGCAGGCUGCGUUCGCUCUGGUUGCGGGUGGUCUUGUGCUGCCCGUCGCUCCCAUGGCGCGUGCAUUGCUUGAGGCUGAUGAUGACGAUUCUCUGCUUGAGAAAGUGAAGGAGGAUAAGAGGAAGCGUAUUCAGAAGCGGUCGACUGCGAUCAACGAUUUCGUCAAGGAGAGCGGAUUUGUACAGACUGCCGUGUACAAGCUGAGUGAAGCUGGGCAGGCUAUCGACGGGGGCGAUUUCAGUAAGGCAACGGCAGUCUUGGCUCAACAGAACAGCGAUUGGAUCCGUGAUAUCCAAGCAGCUUUGAAAAAGGUGAGUUCCAGUUCGGAUGAGGUAGCAGUGGCCGAUACCUUCCGCUCUUCUCUGACUUCUCUACAAGCUGCAGUGGAGUCGGGCGAUUCGAGCUCGUCACGAACUGCCUUCAUCGCCUCAGCAGAGGCGUUGGACAAGUGGGCAAGGCUCACCGGAUUGGCAGAGAAGGUCGUGGGUUUGUAAAAAACUGCGCCGUAAUGUGUGCAAUGUUCAGUGACCCUGUAAAGAGAGCUGAAUACCUGCUCGUUUACUUGAAUCAUCUGGUCUGUUAGCAGCGGUAAUGUAAAAUUAUUCGAGGCUCGCCGAUCACAAUCCAUAAUAAUUCUGUUACUUAUCUUGCCGCAGUUAAAGUUAUCAUCAGUAGCUUUUCUGGGGUGAGCGUAGAUUGAGCAGUUCCUCCCGAAGAGCGUGUCCUUCAUCUUUCCUAUUGAUUGGAUAGAGAAGACAUUUUUCUCUGCGGUAGAGACUGUGGGCCAACAUGUAUCAAAGAGUUCCAAUUUGUCUUCAUUAUUUAAUCCGAAAUACCUCACAAACCUGUUUUGACUUGUCUA